CUGUGUUAUUACAAAUAACAUUCCAACUGUGUCGUGUGAAAAGUUUGUUUUUAAGAAUUGUUUUCAAUUGUGUUUAGAAACUUUACACACGUUGUAUUGGAUUUGAGAACUACUACGCCCGUUAAACCGGUUUUUGAUAAAUAUGCUACCAAGGAAAAGAAAUAUGAAAUGGUUUAUAUUGACGGUGUUUCUUCUCAUCAAGUAUUCAGAACAGUACGGCUCGGGAGCACCUCCUGGGGCAUGUGUAGACCAGACGCCGCGUCAUUCGGGCAUACCGGCGCAGUCCUCAGUACCUCCUUAUGCGAUAUAUACAUCAUCUCAGGUUCGGCAAGGCGAUGUUCUCAAUGUAACCAUCGGCAGCGCGUUAGGUGCACCUGUUAUUAUAGGAGGAUUUAUAUUACAAGCCAGACAGGUUCAGAAUCCAGAUACGAUAGAGGGUACUUUCACAAAAGUUCCUAAUACAGAAAUGACACAGAUUAUAAGCUGCAGAGGUUAUAACGAUUCUGUGACACACACCAAUCCUGAAGGUAAACCAGAGCUCACCUUUCAAUGGAAGGCACCUGAUGAUUAUUUAGGAGGGAUAUUUUUUAGAGCAACUGUAGCUCAGAAUUAUGCAACGUUCUGGAAGAACGUUGAAUCACCAGUAGUAGAAGUGGUGACUCCUGAUACUGUGAUCACCACCACGCAGCCUACGGUCACCACCAGAGUACCUGCAGCACCAGCAGCCACCACAGAAACUAACAGGAAAACAACAACAGCAAAACCUGAUCUUAUAUAUCAAGGUUGCGAAGAUACCAAAUUAUGUUUCGGUGUGCCUCAAAAUUGCAUUAAAAGUGGCAACUGUAAAGCUAUAGUCGCAGUUUUUGUAGCUGGCGACACUUACACAUUCGAAAUACAGGGCACAGAUAAUCCUAAAUACGUCGCUGCAGGAUUGAGCACAGAUAAUAAAAUGGGCGAAGACAGCGCCAUGGAAUGUAUACGAAAUGACAACGGCAGAGUGACUUUAUUCACUUCUUGGACUUAUCCUAAAGCGGAACCUUAUGUAAGAAGAUCAGAUUCGCCUCAAGAUAUCGUACAAUUGCUAGAAUCUUCUAUAAUUGAUGGUAAAUUGUACUGCAAGUUUAGACGGGACACUGUGUCUGUGGUGAUGGGACAGACCUUCGAUUUGGCGAAUAAUAAAUAUAAUUUGAUGGUUGUCUCUGGUGAUAGUAUGAAAGAGCCAGACCGCGUGGGUUUCCACUCCCUCGCAUACGAGUCUACAGGCACACCUCUUGCGCUGGCCACCGUGGGUGCUCCAGCUGCAGCCAGCAAGCUGCUCAUCAAGCUGCAUGGUAGCUUCAUGCUGCUCGCCUGGCUUGGUAGUGCCUCUAUUGGUAUACUUCUUGCUAGGUACUUCAGACAAACUUGGGUAGGAAAACAAUUAGGCGGAAAAGAUAUCUGGUUUGCUUACCACCGUAUCCUGAUGGUGUUGACGUGGCUGCUGACGAUGCUGGGCUUCAUCCUCAUCCUGGUGGAGGUGGGGGGCUGGUCCUCAGCCGGCGGCAACCCGCACGCCAUCACCGGCAUCGUCACUGUCAUACUGUGCUUUAUACAGCCGAUAGGUGCAUACUUCAGACCGCACCCCGGCACCAAGAAACGACCGAUCUUCAACUGGCUGCAUUGGUUCUUUGGUAACUCCGCACAUAUACUUGCUAUUGUGACAAUAUUCCUUGCGGUAUAUCUACAAAAAGCAGAGUUACCAAUUUGGAGCGUGUAUAUACUUGCUGCUUUCGUCGCUUUUCAUGUUAUAAUGCAUAUUAUACUAUCGUUAACGGUGUGCGUAUCUGAGGGACGCAUCAGCAACGGUCGAGUCAACUCCUUCCCCAUGAAGGAUAUGAUGGGUCAGCGCAGACAACUUGCACAUGUUGACCGCAGCACUGACGCACCGUUCUCAAGUUUCAGAAGACAAGUACUAAGUAUCUACGUACCGAUUAUUCUAAUAAUCGUAGUGGCUAUGAUCUGUUUAGUUGCUUUGGCGCCUAUAGCAGACACCUACAGUAAUAUUACUGGCGUUUGAUUUUAACUUUCUAUAGAAUGUCUGACCGCCAUUUCAAUUCAUGACAUACGUAAAAAUCCUUAGGAUGGGUUUCCACUGUUGAAGCAUUUGUAUUACAUUUCUAUUUUAUAAUGGAGUUAAAUUACA